AUAUCUUAUACCAUCACUUUGGUUUAUCAGCAAACAAUCAACGGCUAGUUAUCUGCUAAAUCACUUUUCGUCGUCAGCUUUUCCCCGCGUCCGCCCCUCUUCGAUCCUGAGAAACCCAACCAAAGAGCCGCCGCAAAGCGAGGCCAUCCGCCCUUCCAUCACCAAAAGCCCGGCAACAAAAUCCUGCCAGAGCAAUGGCGACAACACACCAGGUUUCCCAGCAGUCCUCGGGAAACGUUAAUUCCACCAGUGGCGGCGCCAAUGGGAAAAACGAAGGCUCUCCCCAGCCUACCACCCAGCACAAGCGUGUCUACCAGGCCUGCAUCCCAUGUCGCAAGCGCAAAGUCAAGUGCGACCUGGGCUCCGUCGACAACCCCAAUGCCCCGCCAUGCGUCCGCUGCCGUCGCGAGUCAAAGGACUGCUACUUCUCUGUGACCCGGCGCAAGCAGAGACUCGACGAGAAUGACAUUCCCAUCUACGACCCGGACUUCGUCGACCGCAACGCGCGCAAGAGGCAGUAUACCAGCGACAGCGGCUCGGAGCCGCCAGAGGUGCGCCCGGAGUCGUCCGCGGGGUCGCGCCCGUUAAACCCUGCGUACAGACAUACGCCGAUCCAACCGCCUAAUGUUGCUACGUCGCCAGCUGCGAGUGUCAGUCGCUAUGAUUCGCAGCCGGGGCGCGAGCAUCGCAGGGCGGGGUCGCGCCAAUGCGACUCGAAUGUGCGCUAUGAAAACCCUGAGGCGCAGACUACGAUGAGGAAGGGAAUCUAUGGACCGCAUGAUGCUCUGGAUCUGCUGUACCAGGCCGCGACUGAUGGUUCCCCGACGAAGCGCAUGAAGCUGCUCAACUCCAGCGGCAUCGAUGGCUCUUCUGCCCGCGACAACCAGGGGUUCCCACAACAGCAACCAUACAGCACUCCGAGGUUCAUCCAGGCAAACAACCUACGCCCAAUGGGUCCUCCGUCGCAGGCACACAACGAGACGAGGGACACGAGGGGCUCUAUGCCAGUCGAUAACGAUACUAUAAACCGCAUGAACGACCCUGGCUACAAGACAGCAGUUAGGGCUUGGGGCAGGUUUCGUUUUGUCCGCGCUGGAUGGUUCACUCCUGUAGAAGCCAUUGCGUAUAUCGAAUACUAUUAUCGGUACCUGUCGCCAAUGACGCCAAUCUCGCCUCCCACCUUCCAAAACCCCUCAACGCACGUCACUUUACUCCAGGAAGAGCCCAUCCUGACGGUCACGCUGCUGACUAUUGCGUCUCGGUAUUUGCAAAUCCCAGGAACCGGCGGCCAGUGUCGGUCUCACGCAAUCCACGAGCAAUUGUGGACCUACCUUCGCGGCAUGAUCGAGCGCUGCCUCUGGGGCCAGGAAUCAUUCGGUGGGGGCUUCUGCGGAUCAGGUGCCACGGAUUGGGAGCAGACUUCAAGCACUGCACCAUGGCGUGGGAUGCGGAAAGGCUCUCUUCGGACUCUCGGCACGAUUGAGUCGCUGAUGAUUCUCACCGAGUGGCAUCCUCGCGGCCUCCAUUUCCCUCCACAAGACGCUACUGAUGAGCUUAUGCUUCCGUCGUACGACGGCCCCGACAACUUUUCCACGGAUGAAGAUGGAAACCAGCGCGCCCUGAACGGUGUCGGCGGUAAGCGAAUUGAGAGCUGGCUGGAGCCGGCAUGGAGAUCCGACCGCAUGUGCUGGAUGCUUCUGAGUACCGCCAUGGGCCUUUCCUACGAGCUUGGCGUCUUCGACCAGAUCGACCAGCUGCUGGAAGUAGGCGGCGACAUGGCUCGUCCCGAAUAUGACGACGAAGCAUACCGCCACCGUGCUGCCCGCAUCAAAAAGCUGCUGCUGAUUUACGUGACCCAGCUUGCGGGGCGUCUUGGAUGGACCAAUAUGGUGCCUGAGAACCUCAGAGCGUAUGAUAAAAUGCGCAAGAGGACGGCUUCUGCGGACCCAAACACGCCGAACACAACCGCGUCCAUACUGGCUUCGUUCAACUACAUUCCCGACUUGGAGCUCGACGACCAGAUCAUCCACUGCUGGGCGGGAAUUACCACGGCUAUGGGGGCGGGCAAUGACAAGAUCUUCCGGUCGCGCAAGUACACCACCGAUAUCAUCACGACCGGCAAGUAUCUCGAUCUCUUGGCCGAGUUCCAGCCAAUUCUGGCCACCUGGAAGCGGACCUUUGUCAGCUACCCCCUGCCGCAAUACAUUCGCCACAUCUUAACCAUCGAGUACGAGUAUGUUCGGAUAUACAUCAACUCACUUUCCCUGCAAGCCGUCGUCGAGCGCUGCACCAACAAUGCCGCAACGACCGAAAACCGCCACCCCAACUUCCUCAACCAGAUCCCACUGACGCUCUACGGUGGCUUCACAACACGCGACCAGGAAUACGUCCGUGAAGUAGUCGACGGCUCACGCAACCUCCUCCGAACAGUGGUUGAGGGCCUCCUCCCCAACGGCUUCCUCAAGCACGCCCCCGUCCGCACAUACUUCCGCAUCAUCUCCGGCGCCAUGUUCUUGCUCAAGACCUUCGCCCUCGGCGCCUCCAAGAACGAUGUCGAAGUUAGCAUCGGGCUCAUGGACCGCGCUGUUGAAGCCCUUCGCGACUGCGUUGUUGAUGACGUACAUCUCGGAACCCGGUUCGCGGACCUACUGCACACCCUCACCACGCGCCUGCGCAACCGCUUCAUGCACGCCCCCGUCUCAUCCGAGGCAGGCGUCAACGAUUCCCAACAAGCUAUCGCGGGAGGACCACAUGGUGGCGAAGAUAACGGACACUGGAACGGCCCUAGCAUGCCUGCCUUCUCCGACGGAGGCAAUGACAUCAACAUCUCUGCCACCGCCUUUGAUCUCGGCAGCAACGCCUUCCACGGCAACGCACCCUACGGCUCCACCGGCGGCAGCGCACAGAACCCCUUCGGUGCCCCCGCCGUCUCCGAGGGCGGCCCAGCCUUUGGUGGCAGCGACUGGGGCAACGCGGGCGAGAUGUGGUAUCUCCCACCCGGCGCGGCGUUCUUUCAUAAUGCCAAUGCGGAUACGAGUAUCACGCAGACGAGCGAGGGGGUUAAUCUUGGGGGGGUAGAUUUGUUGGAUUAUAUGGCCAUGGAUUCGAUGGAUCAGUAUCCGGGGGGGAUUGAGUCGUUGGUGGGGGAGUAUAGGGAGUAUAGUCGUUGAGAUUGUGGAGGUGAUGUGUGGGAGGUAGGUGGGCGGUGUGGUUUAUGCGUUUUUUUAGCGGAAGACUGGGUAGAUAGCGUCGUUUGGGACGAGUUGUAUGGAAUUUUUUUUCGUGUGGGGCAAAAUAUUGGGG